UAAAUUAUAGUAUUUAAUUCAUUGGAGUUAUCCACACACUGGGGGAAAUUCAUACUCCCUUCCAUUUCUCCUCACUUACUAGAGUCCCCAUUUCCUCAAAAUGUGCUUUCCUGACAUAUAAUACCACUGACAUACUGCAUUCUGGGACCUCUGCACUCCCUCUUCUUCCUUACUGUGCUGAACCCCACCAGCCAAUGCUCACCUGUUCCAGCUCUCCUAUGGCUCAUAGUCUCUGGUCCUCUCUCUGCCAGAAAGAAGCAUUUCUCGGGGGACUUACUCUGGAGUCUUCACUGUCUGGGACACGGAAUCUCUGUGUUUUAGGAUCUCAUUUGAUGAGUGUCUGGCUUUGUGUGUUCACAGGAGAGAUGGGGAUAGUUAAAUCCCCCAAAAGCAGAGCGUCCAGCACCUUUGAGCAACUUGAGAGUUGGGCCUGGUUACUGGCUGGGGUUAAAAUAAUAGAACUUUUUUUUUCUGACAAGUGUCCCAUGAAUUCAACUGAUGUCCCUUGUUUUCUUCCCCUGAGCAGGGUUUCCUGUUUCCAAACCUGAUGUGAUCUCCCAGCUGGAGAAAGGGGAAGAACCCUGGGUCUCAGAAAUCCAGGAAUCAGAGGAACAAGAGAUCCUGAGAGGUGCCUGCCCAGCAGGUGAUGGGAUGGUGAGUGAGAAGGAGGGUCAGAAUCUUCAGCAGAAGGAUGAUGUGCAACUGGAACCACACAGGAUAUUAUUGCAAAGAUCCAAAGGGAAUGUGUCCAGAAGUCUUGAGCAAGGAAAAUUGUAUGAGAGUCAGCACAGGCCAGAGAGCCAGCCAGGGGAGAAAGAGGGUAAAUCCAUUAAUUGUCAGGCAACUCACAAAGACCUCAGGGGAACCACAGGACAGCACACAAACCUCACAGAAGAGGGAAAAAACUCAUGCACUGAGUGUGGGAAAAACUUCCGAGGACGCUCAGGCCUUAGUAAUCAUAAGAGAAUCCACACGGGAGAGAGACCCUAUGAAUGCAGCGAGUGCGGGAAAAGCUUCACUCGGCACUCAGACCUUAUUACACAUCAGAGAAUCCACACAGGGGAGCGGCCCUAUGUAUGCUCUGAGUGCAGGAAAACCUUUGCUCAGCGCUCAGCCCUUACUAAACAUCAGAGGAUCCACACAGGGGAGCGACCCUAUGAAUGCAGCGAGUGUGGGAAAAGCUAUACUCGGAGCUCAGACCUUAUUACACAUCAAAGAAUCCACACGGGGGAGAGACCCUAUGAAUGCAGCGAGUGUGGGAAAACCUUUACUUGGCGCUCAGCCCUUACUACACAUCAGAGUAUCCACACAGGGGAGAGACCCUAUGAAUGCAGUGAGUGUGGCGAAACCUUUGCUCAGUGCUCAGCCCAUAUUAGACAUCAGAAAAUCCAUGCAGGGGAGAGGCCCUAUGAAUGCUGUGAGUGUAGGAAAAGCUUCACUGAGAGCUCAUACCUUACUAAACAUCAGAGAAUUCAUACAGGAGAGAGACCCUACGAAUGCUGUGAGUGCGGGAAAAGGUUCACUGACCACUCUAGCCUUACUAAACAUCAGAGAAUCCACACAGGGGAGCGUCCCUAUGAAUGCAGUGAGUGCGGGAAAACCUUUACUGAGAGCUCACACCUUAUUACACAUCAGAGAAGCCACACAGGCGGGCAAUCCUAUGAAUGCACCGAGUGCACGAAAAGGUUUGCAGAGCACUCAACCCUCACUAAACAUCAGAGAAUCCACACAAGAGAGAAACGCCAUCAAUGCACUGAGUGUGGGAAAACCUCUCAAUGCUCACACCUUAUGAAUCAUGGGAGAAUCCACACAGGAGAGAGACCCUAUGAAUGCAGCGAGUGUGGAAAAACCUUCACUUGGCGCUCAGCCCUUAGACAUCAGAGAAUCCACAGCGAGGAGAAACCCUAUGAAUGCAGCCAGUGCGGGAAACGCUUUACUGAGAGCUCACAACUUGUUAGGCAUCAGAAAGUCCACAAGGGAAAUGAUAAAUCAUAAAAAACCAUAUUUAGGGCUGACAAAUGUUUUUUUCCCCUCUAAUACUUUUCCUAAUUCCGACAUCCAGACCGUUAAGGCUGUUUGCACCAUUUGCUUCACCGUGGGCCCUCAUGUGGUUUCCCACUUUUUCUUUUGCAGCUAGCCCUUCUUUGGAGUGAAUCUCAUGGGCCUUUCUGUAAAACUCCAUAGUCCUAUGACUCAUGGGAAUGUGUGUCCCUCCUGCCAGGAAUGUCAGUCAGCUCAAGGUGUGGGAGAUAAGGGUGAUCUCAACUAGCUAUAUCAGCGUAACAAUCUACCUAGGCCUCAUCCCCAGUAGGAUUUUCCAUGGAGUUAGGUAGCUCAUGUUAGCUAUCCUGAUGUGAAAACACAACUAAUCUUACAGUAACAACAUUGCUCAUGUCUAGUGUCCAGGGUUCUCUAGCACGUUUCCUUAUGACCUGACCCAGUCUCCGUUUCCUAGUCAAAGCCAAUCUGGAGCAUUACAUUUAUGCUCUUCCUCCCACUGCAAAGUGACUGUUAGAGCCACGGAGUUCACCCUUUGGAACAGAUUGUCUCAUUCCGAGUUGUUCACAUGUUGAAUUUGGGUGUGCUGAAGAUGUUUUGAAUCAUUUUCCUCAUUUAAAAUACAUUUAAAUAUAACAAAGAGCAGAAGCAGGGUGGAAAAAGUGUGGUUUCAGCCUCUGUGGCACCUGAAGGUGAUGGGUGAUUUGUAGGGAUUCCAUCCUGUUGCAGUGUUACCUUCUAAGUUUAUCUUCUUCACAUUCUGCCCGUCUACUUCCCAAAAUGUCACUUGAUGCAGUGUCCUCAGCUCUCAGAGGCUAAUACUCUUGAAGUCUAGAAAGGAGCUGUGAUGCUGUCUAUCAGGUUGCCAGCUCAGACCAAGGCAGCAGCCUAAUUCACUUACAUGCUAAGAGAAAUCAACAGAGUGUCAAAAGGUAUUGUAAUGUGAUCAGGUCAAUUCACUUCUGUGUUGGUAUAUUUCAGAGGAAAUGUAAUAUAAUUGUUCUCGCUUAUCCAUAAACCUGUUGAUUGCGAUAACCUUACAUUAUCUAUGUCCCUACACUUAGUUAACCCUAAAUCAAAAGCAUGUGAUUGUAUUAGGAUGAGAAUUUAUUUGAUGUGUAAACUUCAUUUCAACUAAUGAAAGAUUGCUUGGAAUGCUCAAAUGAAUGCAUAAUGGUACUAUUCUUGUAUCGGGAUUGGAGCCUUGGAGCGGUAAAUGAAGAAGCAUGCUGACUUCAAAGCAUGGGUCAUUGUGUUUGACACUGGGAAAUCUACAAACUUAGCCCUGGUCUACACUACACAGUUACAUCAUCAUAAGGCAGCUUAUGUUG